AUGGGUAAACGAGGACGUCCACCAAAGAAAAAACCCAUUGAUACUACCACAAAAGUUGAUGAAUGUUAUACAAUAUUAAGUAGCGAUGAAGAAACUGGUAGUAAACCAGACACAUUAAGUCUACCAUCUCCAAGUCAACGACGAGGAAUGGGAAAUGACCGUAAUGGAACAAUUGUUAUCACGCCACCAGAUCGAUCAAUACUUUCGAAAAAAAAUGUUGAAAAAAAGACACCAUUAACAAGAAAUAAUAAUAAUAAUAAUAAUAAUAACAACAAAAAAAAACUUAUUCUUAAUGGAAAAAACAAAAAAAGCGAUACAUCUGGUGAUAGCGAUGCAACGGAAGUGUAUGCAGUUAGUAAUGAUGAGGUUGAAGAUGAUAAAGAAAAAUCACAAAAAAUAUCACCGAUAAAACGUAAACGUAAACCAACACUUAUUAAAGUUAACCAUGAUCUAUCCGACAAUAGUGAUGAUAAUUUAACUUAUUCACGACGAUCAAAUAACACAAAAGCAAGAAAGCGUCAAAUGACAUCUUCAUCAUCAUCAUCAUUAUCAAGUGAUGAAAAUCAAUCAAGAAAACGUCUUCGUCCACCCAUACCGACAUUCAAACGAGCACAAGCAAAAAAGAAGAAAAACAAAUUUGAUGAAACAUCUGACGAAGAUAUCGUCACUGACGAAGACUAUAAUACUGAUGUUGAAAAAAUGGAUGACAAAGCAUUAAUUAAAAGAACCGAUCAAAGAAUGUUAAAUGAUGAAGAUUUAACACAAAUGACAAAAAAAGCAUUAGAAGAUGAACGCCAACGUGUACAACGUAUUCAAGAAAGACAAUCACAAAUGCCAUCAUCUUCACAAGUUUUUAUUGAUGAUGAUAAUUUGAAUUUCGAUAGUACUAUUAAAAGAAAAGAUGAUGAAAAAGAACAAAAAUCAAUAAUUUUUGAAUAUGAUUCCAAUACAGGUAAACCACUUAUUUCAGUACUUCCUGAAUUAGUAGCGAAAAUGAAACCACAUCAAUUGGAUGGAACGAUGUUUUUAUGGGACAACGUUUAUGAAACAAUUGCGCAAAUUAAAAGAGAUAAUACUGGUACCGGAUGUAUUUUGGCUCAUCACAUGGGUUUAGGAAAAACAUUUCAAUUAAUAUCAUUUCUUCAUACCGUAUUCAAACAUAGUGAUAUUACAUGUACACGUACAUGUCUUAUUCUUUGCCCUGUUAAUGUUAUAUCGAAUUGGGCAGCAGAAUUUUCAUAUUGGUUAUCAGGUGUUCGCCCAACCAUAAAACUUUACCAAUUUUCAUUAUUUAAAACGAAAUCAGCUCGUUGGGAACGCUUAGAAAAAUGGAACGAUAAAGGUGGUGUUAUGCUAAUGGGUUACGAAAUCUAUCGUCGUUUAUCAAAUGAUCCUGAUUAUAAUUUUUUCCUCUGUGAUCCAGGACCAGAUAUAAUUGUCUGUGAUGAAGGUCAUGUGCUUAAAAAUGCUAAAGCUGGAAUUUCAAAAGCAUUAAAUAAAAUUCGUACUAAGCGACGUAUCAUUUUAACUGGUACACCAUUACAAAAUAAUCUUAGAGAAUAUUAUUAUAUGGUUCAUUUUGUUAAACCACAUUUAUUGGGUACUUAUCGUGAAUUUAAAAAUCAAUUUAUUGAUCCAAUUCGGGCUGGUCAACAUAAAGAUUCCAAUGUAUAUGCUGUACAAUUGAUGAAACGGCGUGCUUUUGCUUUACACGAACGUUUACAACAUUGUACACAUCGUCGUGAUUUUAAUGUACUUCGAAAAUAUCUACCCGAAAAAUAUGAAUAUGUAAUAAAAGUCUAUAUGGGAGACUUACAAAAACAGCUUUAUAAUAAAUAUUUACGAAUUCAAAAUAUUGAUCCAGAUGCUGGUUUCAAUACAGCCAAACUAUUUGCUGAUUAUCAAUAUUUAAUGAAAAUUUGGACACACCCAUGGUUAUUACGACCACAUUUUAUUGAUCGUUGGAAGAAAAACCAGAAAAAAAAUGAUAAUGAAUUUGAUAAAAUCGAUCCAUUUUUCGACGAUAUAUUUGCUGGAUUAUCAGACGAUGAUAUGGCUAUUGAAGAAGAACAAUCAAAAGACCAAACACCACAACAUAAGCGAUCAGCGGCUAAAACGAAAGAUAGCGAAUUACACCAUCAUCGACAUAAAAAUGAUGAAGAGGAUGGUAAUUCAAGUUCAUCGUCAUCUUCAUCGACUUCAGAGUUUUUGGCCUUAUUUAAUAAUACGAAUUGGAAGCAAUAUGGAUCCACAUCAUCAUCAACUACAUCAACACCAGCAGCAGCAGCAGCAGCAGCAGCAUUGAAACGUACUUCAACAAUACUAUCCACUUCGUCAACAAAUGAUCCAUGUCAAAAAGCAAUGGCUGAUGAAUGGUGGUUUUCGUUUUUUGAUGAUACAGCUGAAUAUGACAUUAGUUUAAGUGGAAAACUAUCAUUUCUUAAAACAUUACUUGAUGAAUGUGAACAAAUUGGUGAUAAAGUUUUACUAUUUAGUCGUUCACUUUAUUCGCUUUCUUAUUUGGAACAAUAUCUUAAAUAUUGGGAUUCAAUUGCUAGUGGAAAAAAAAUUCAAACAGAUGAUUUUGAUGCUAAAGUAAAAGCUAAUGGUCGAUGGAAAUUCGGUAUUGAUUAUUUUCGUAUUGAUGGUAGUACAGAUAUUGCUACACGAACGGGUUAUAUAUCAAAAUUUAAUGAUGAUGCUAAUAUUCGUUCAAGACUUUUUAUUGUUUCCACAAUGGCUGGUGGUAUUGGUAUUAAUUUAACGGGAAGUAAUCGAGUAAUUAUAUUCGAUUGUAGUUGGAACCCUUCUUCGGAUUUACAAGCUUUAUUUCGUUCGUAUCGUUUGGGUCAAAAAAAGACGACUUAUGUCUAUCGAUUGUUAAGUAAAGGUUCUAUGGAAGAGAAAAUUUAUUUCCGUCAAGUUAAUAAACAAGCAAUGGCUCAACGUGUUGUUGAUGCUCAACAACUCGCUCGACAUUUUACUGAAUCUGAAUUACAUGAACUUUAUUCAUUUAAACCUGAUGAAGAUGAACCACAAGAAUAUCUAUUGAAAGAAUUACCGGAUGAUAUUGUUUUAAAAAAUUGUAUAGGAAAAAAUCCAAAAAUAGUUCAAAAUAUUCUUGAACAUGAUUCUCUACUGGAAAAUCAUAUUGAAGAACAAUUAACACGCGAAGAGAAAUAUUAUGCAAUUAAAGAACUUGAACGAGACGAACGACAAGCUGAAUAUCAAUCAACGAUUGCUAAAACUUUAGCUACUAUUGGACAAAACAGUACUAAUAAAACAAAUGUAGCUCAGACUCGUUCAGAAACAAUAUCAAAUGAUAGAAAAAAAGAACCACAAUUGAUAGCAAUACCACCAAUAAAUACGUAUAAUCCAUAUCAACCACCUCCACCUAUGUGUGCACAAGCUCGUGCUGGUAUAUCAACUGCACAAGAAGCACGUGGUCUUGAGCGUUUAACAGAAUUAUUAUUUCCAAAAGAAGCUCCACCACUUCCAGCCGGCAAAGCAGCUGAUUUACCACCAUUGAAAGAACUAACUGAUAUGCCGGUUUCCAAAGAUGAAAUAGCUGAUCUCGAUCUUGACGAUGAAGAUUUUGACCCACGAACAAAAAAAGAAAAGCAGAAAGCUUUUCUUCAAGAACAACGUGCACUCGUUAAAUUAUAUAAUGAUAAAAAGAAAUUGUUAAAUCCACCAAAAGUGCCAAAAGUUUUAAAACGUCCAAAAAAACUUACAGCAGUGAGUACAUCAUUUGUUACAAAUCCAUAUCAAUUUAUGCCAGUUACACUCAAUCCAUUUGAUAUACCACCUAACAUACAAAAGCGGCCAGAUUGA